UGCUGCUCUCUUUGUAUUUGGCAGUACUGUCUGGGGCGACAACAAAGGACGGACGCCUACUGUAAUUUCACUUGUUUUGAGCCUGCAGAAGGCUCAGUAAGACACUUCAUGGUCGUCUGCAGUCGGUUUUUCGUGUUGUGCAUUCAGUGCUCGGUCAAAUCCCGCCGACGUUGUUUGAGUUCAGAUUGUUUUCGAUGGUUAUCGAUUUUCAGCUGAAUUCCCAUCUGACUACACUGGCCAGUAUCCACAAGAUCCAUCACACCUUACACCGGCUGAAUCUGACCGAAGACGUUGGACAGGACAGCCACCCGUCAGCUUGCUGCUCUAGAGCCAUGCCGCCGAGAAAAAAGAGGAGACCUUCUGCCGGAGAUGACUUGUCAGCCAAGAAAAGUCGCCAAGACAGCAUUUUCAGAAAACACGAGACGUCGCAGAUCCGGGAGGAGGAGACGUUUUCCAGUAAAAGAUGUUUGGAGUGGUUCUAUGAGUAUGCAGGUUGUGACGACGUCGUGGGUCCAGAGGGCAUAGAGAAGUUCUGCGAGGACAUUGGAGUAGAGCCAGAGAAUGUGGUGAUGCUAGUUCUAGCUUGGAAGCUGGAGGCUCAGAGUAUGGGGUACUUCACUCUUCAGGAGUGGCUAAGAGGCAUGGGCUCACUGCAGUGCGAUUCCACUGAGAGACUGAGGAAUUCGCUCGACUACCUGAGAUCUGUCCUGAGCGACAGCACCAGUUUUAAGCUCAUCUACAGAUACGCCUUUGAUUUCGCUCGGGAAAAAGAUCAGAGGAGUCUGGACUUGAACACAGCAAAGUGCAUGCUGGGGCUUCUCCUGGGGAAAACAUGGCCUCUGUUUCCUGUGUUUAAUCAGUUUUUAGAGCAAUCCAAGUACAAAGUCAUCAACAAAGACCAGUGGUGCAAUGUUUUAGAGUUCAGCAGGACAAUCAACCUGGACCUUAGUAACUAUGAUGAAGAUGGUGCCUGGCCUGUUUUGCUGGAUGAGUUUGUGGAAUGGUACAAGGAAAGACAGAUGUCAUAGCUGCAGAUGAGGGGUGAGAGGGUGAAUGGAAGGAAAAAAAAAGUUUAACUGUGACCACAACUACUCUUGAGCAUAAACAACCAAUAAGCAAAACACAACAAAAUCGGUAAGGCAGUGACAGUUGGUGCCUCCUGGUUAAAAGAAGGGGUUCGGGCUGUGGGUGGGUGGGUAAGUGGGUGGUUUGGGGGUUUUGCUGCCUUCCAACUCCCCGUUCGGAGGAGCGCUGUCCUUGUAGAGUUAUGCUCCCUAUGGAAGUUGCAUUGUGGGGUGGAUCCCCGUUCCCGAACCCCACCGAGUGGCGUUGCUCUCUGUCACUGUGACGUCUCAUAUUGUUGUCUGUGUUGGGAUGACACGGUAUCUGUCGUACGCUGACGGUGGAAACAAAAUGGCGUAGUCAGCGCAGGGAAACCAACCAUUCGCGUUGCGUUAAGAGUCUCAACUGGGAUCACUCGGAAACCCCCUAGGCACACUCGAGUAUUAAAAGACCCGUGCAAUGAAAUUCGACCUGAGCUCCUCGGGACGGAUGGCACUAACUACUGUUUGUUUAGUUUAGUAGUUCUCCUAAAAAGCACACUGUGUCAAAGGGUUGACUGCAGGUUUCUGAUGCCUGCGCCGUUUACUAUUAAGAAAAAGCCAGUUCGUUCUUUCCCUCCAUUUUUUUUUUCCUCCUUUGUCCCUCCUCCUGUUUUUGCUGAUAACUUUCUGCUAGCCCCCAUGCAAAGACUUCAGACCUCAUAACACCAAACGAAUCAGCAUUGCUGCUUACCAACUCACUACAGUGCAACCGUGAGCCACCAGUGCUCUGCUCUGCAUUCAUUGGUCUAUCGACCGGUUUAUGUCUCUACGCUGCGUAGAUAAGAGUAUUACUGUGCCUCAAACAUGGAAAGUCGCAUUGUGUGUCCCGCACAGAUACCAACAAACCCUACCAUUUCUACAUGUGACUCUACGGUGCCUUUCAAAAGUAUUCAUACCUCUUACUUUUUUUUCCACCCAAAGUUUGUUGCAAAACAAACACAAACUUCUACGCAUUUCGUUGGGAUUUAAUGUAGUGGACCGACACAAAGCAGUGCUUUGUUCUGAAGCAGAAGGAAAAUUAUGCAUAAAAAAAUUUGAAAAUUGGACCAUGUAUUUAUAUUCAACCCCCCUGAAUUAGUCCUGCUUACAACUACUUUUCACAGCGUUAUAGUUGUAAUUUUAUUUUUUUUGGUUUGUUUUGGUUCUUUAAGUCUACUAGUUGUGUUAAUUUGAAGUUUUUUUUUGUUUUUUUUUUUUGCAGACUCCAACCGAUUUUCUUGCUGUGUUUUGCUAAUUUAGUAGUUUGCCUAUCAACUCCAUUUCUGAAAAGAACAGUAUUACCACAGCAUAAUCCUGCCACCACCAUAAAUAACGGUGGGGAUGAUGAAGUGGGAAAUAUGCAGUGUCAGUUUUCCGUAACAGGGUUUUUUCCCCCCUGUUGGUUAGAAAGUCAAAUUAUGGACUCAUCUGACCUGAGUUUACUGUAUCUUAUGGUAAAUGCCACUUCUGAAGACUUCUUUAAUGCAUUUCCUUUGACCAUUCAUACCGUACUUGAGGGUCAGAUUUGUGGAGUCUUAGUUUAGUCAUUCAGUUUUCUGCACCUUCUUCUGCUUAUCCAGCUGUUGUCUGUUUGGAUAGACAAACAGACAACAUCAUCUUACAUUUUAAGAUGAAUACUCUGAACGAUGUUCCAAGCUCAGGAUGUCGACUUUGCUUUAAAUCCUUGUCUGAAUUUGUUAUUUAAUAAAAUAAGUUGGUUUUUUUUUUCAGACUAUUUUAAUUAGAAUAUAUUAAUUUGAAUAUAGCAUGUACCUGAUGUAGGUAUUUAGUAAAUGAGCUAUAUUGGAAAUGAUUUAGAAUGAGUGUGGCCACUAGAGAACAGAAAAGUGCUUCCAGUGUAAUUUAAUAUGCAAUAGUGGUACGCAUACACCACCUUGUGUCCAUUGUGGUUAAACAUCUUUACUACUUUCUCCGUGGCCUGUCUGCUCUGUUCCUUGGUCUUUAUAGAGUUUUCUGCUUUUUUUUCCCCCAGAGUAAAUGGGACCUGAUACAAACACACCACACAACUCUCAAUUUAGGAUAAAAACAA